AUGGGGAACAUAACCAAGAGGGGAAGCAAAGAGCUCGUGGCUGACACUGCCACGCCGCAGGAUGACACCUUGGUCACCACACUGCACUCUAGACUCUAUGGGGCUAUAAUUAAGGAAGACUGUAACACAAUCAAGAAACUCCUCAGGACCCACCCUGUCAACCAGCCCUUGAACAUCCUGGUCAACCCCACCAGCUGCAGACUACUUCUGAACCAGCACGCUCAUGAUGUCUUCCCUAUCCAUCUGGCCGCCGAAUACCACAAGCCACAAAGUUUGCUUUGCUUGUUACAACAUGGGGCUAACCCAGAAGUAAGGGAUGCUCAAGGCUUCAACACUCUUCACCAGCUGCUGCUAAACUGGCCAGUCACUUUGACCAAGUGGUCCAAAACAAACACUCUGAUCCAGAAGCUCCUGGCAGACAUUCAGAACAAUGCUGUCACAUGUCUACACAUUCUGUGUGAACAUGGAGUUCAAGUGAAUGCCCAGGCAGACAAGGACGACAAACAUUCACCCCUCCACCUAGCCAUAAAACAUGGGACCUAUCCCGUUCUUGCCCUUUUGGUCCAAAAUGGUGCCCAGGUCAAUGCUAUGAACAGAGCCAGCAUGACGCCCCUCCACAUGGCUGCAGAAAUACUGGACAAAAAUAUGAUCGAGACACUCAUUGCCUGCGGGGCCAAUGUGAACUGCGCCACCUCAAAUACUGGGAACACAGCUCUGAAGCUGGCCGUGCGCACCGCGUCAAGCAAAGCUGGCCAGCUGCUGGCAGCGGGGGUAGGCUGCAUCCGUCUGCUGCUGAAUCAUGGAGCCCAGGUCAAUGCCCAAGACCACAAAGGCCAAACAGCUCUGCACAAGGCAUGUUUUGGAGGCAGAGAGGUAAUAAUCAAUCUCUUGCUGGAAUUUGAAGCAGACGUCAACAUCUUAACAAGAAAUGGGGAGUCUGCAAUAUACAUGUACCUUCAGCGCAGUUCCAAUAUCAGAGAUGCAUCACUUCUGGCUAGGCUACUUUAUUACUCUUACCCUUUAAGACUGAGAAAUAAACAAGGGCUUCUACCUGCAGGAAUCAUGCAACCAGAAUUCAACCUCUUAAGGAAAACUCUAAUAAAAUUAAUGAGAAAACCUUUAUCCCUAGAGGCCAUCUGUAAGAGAAAUAUCAGAAAUAUUUAUGGUGAGAAGUACAAGUUCUACCUGAAGCAGCAUCUCCCUGAGAAGCUAUGGAAAUCCGUAUAUGUCUUUUAUGACUUUGACUACCUGUUGAAAUGA